AUGACCGCUGCAUCCUUAGCCGUGUUGGCGGCUUUGGUGCCGUUCGCUCUCGCGCAAGCCAAUACAAGCUAUGUUGACUAUUCAACGGAACCUCAACCCAAUCUCGAUACCUGGACCCUCGCAACAAUCGAUCUGGGGUUCCCGGACUGCGACAAUGGGCCUCUGAGCAAUACCUUAGUAUGCGAUACAUCCGCAACUGCCCAUGACCGCGCCGCGGCUUUGGUUUCCAUGUUUACGUUCGAAGAGCUGGUCAACAGCACCGGGAAUAACAUCCCUGCCAUUCCUCGCCUCGGACUUCCUCCAUACCAGGUCUGGAGUGAAGCUCUUCAUGGAUUGGAUCGUGCCAAUUUCACCGACGCUGGUGCCUACAAUUGGGCAACCUCCUUCCCGUCGCCCAUUCUUUCGAUGGCUGCGCUGAACCGCACCUUGAUCAACCAAAUCGGAGGCAUCAUUUCAACCCAGGGUCGCGCAUUUAAUAAUGUCGGUCGCUAUGGUCUCGAUGUUUACGCGCCCAACAUCAAUGCCUUCCGGCACCCUGUCUGGGGUCGUGGACAGGAGACACCCGGCGAGGACGCUUACUGUCUGUGCGGGACGUAUGCAUAUGAAUACAUUACCGGAAUGCAAGGAGGUGUCGACCCAGAACACCUGAAGUUGGUAGCCACCGCGAAGCAUUUUGCGGGUUAUGACAUUGAGAAUUGGCACGACCAUUCCCGUUUGGGUAACGAUGUGAACAUUACCCAACAGGACUUGGCGGAAUACUUUAUGCCGCAGUUCCUGACUGCAGUUCGGGAUGCCAGGGUCCACAGUGUCAUGUCUUCGUACAACUCUGUGAACGGAGUACCCAGCUCUGCCAACUCAUUCUUCCUCCAGACUAUUCUCCGGGAUACCUGGGGCUUUGUUGAUGACGGGUAUGUCUCGUCAGACUGUGAUGCCGUUUACAAUGUCUGGAAUCCACAUGAGUAUGCACACAACAUCACGGGUGCAUCGGCGGACUCUAUGAGAGCUGGUACCGAUAUUGAUUGUGGUACCUCUUACCAGUAUCACCUCAAUGAAUCAUUCUUCCAAGGAGAGAUUUCUCGAAGUGAGAUUGAGCGUGGUGUUAUCAGGCUUUACUCAAACCUCGCCCGCUUGGGAUACUUCGACGGCAAUAGCAGUGCCUAUCGCAACCUUGACUGGUCUGAUGUGUCUACAACUAAUGCAUGGAAUAUCUCGUAUGAGGCAGCCGUUGAAGGCAUCGUUCUCUUGAAGAAUGACGGAACUCUGCCAUUAUCCAAGAAGGUCAAAAGCAUAGCCCUGGUUGGUCCGUGGGGCAAUGCCACCACCCAAAUGCAAGGCAAUUAUUACGGUAAUGCUCCUUAUCUGACUAGCCCUCUCGCCGCUCUCGAGGCAUCAGAUCUGACCGUUCACUAUGCUUUGGGUACGAACAUCUCUUCGCAGUCAACUGAAGACUUCGCCGCUGCGAUCGCUGCAGCCAAGAAAUCUGAUGCCAUCGUCUUUGCUGGUGGCAUUGACAACACCAUUGAAGCGGAGGGCAUGGACCGAGAAAACAUUACAUGGCCAGGAAACCAACUCGAGUUAAUCAAGCAAUUGAGCAACGUUGGCAAACCAUUGGUGGUGUUACAGAUGGGCGGAGGUCAGGUUGACAGCUCCUCUUUGAAGAAGAACAAGAACGUGAACUCGCUUAUCUGGGGAGGUUACCCAGGUCAGUCUGGUGGCCAGGCUCUCUUGGACAUCAUCACUGGCAAGCGUGCACCCGCUGGUCGACUGACAACAACACAAUAUCCCGCCGAGUAUGCUUUGCAGUUCUCGGCGAUCGACAUGAACAUGCGUCCCAGCGGAGACAACCCUGGCCAAACAUACAUGUGGUACACAGGCAAGCCUGUCUACGAGUUUGGACAUGGAAUGUUCUACACGACUUUCAAGACAUCCCUUGCGCGCUCUAACAUGGCUACCAAUGAGGCUUCAUUUGAUAUUGUUGACCUUUUGUCUCGGUCGCAUGCCGGCUACAACACAGCGGAACAGCUCCCCUUCCUCAACUUCACUACUAGCGUCACAAACACUGGCAGCGUAGUCUCUGAUUAUACGGCGAUGGCCUUUGUUAACACCACCGCAGGACCAGAGCCUUAUCCCAAUAAGUGGCUGGUUGGUUUCGACCGUUUAGGAUCACUUAAGCCGCACACUUCCCAGUCAAUGGUCAUCCCUAUCUCACUUGAUAAUGUGGCCCGCACUGACUCGCUUGGAAACCGCAUUGUCUACCCUGGAAAAUACGAACUGGCGUUGAACAAUGAGCGCUCGGUAGUCUUGUCCUUCACUUUGACGGGCGAGGAGACAACCAUUUCCAAGUGGCCAUUGGAUGAGCAGCAAAUACCUGCUGCGUGA